GCCGCCGCCGUCGUCGUCGUCCCGCGCGUCCGUCUGUGUUUUUGUUUAGGAAAAAUGUGACGCGCCGAGAUUCGACGUCGUCCCCGUGGAUCUCGCGAUCGUCCCCGAUCGCCUCCCGCGUGUGCGUGCGCGAAAUAAGAACCUCGACCGCGACCGGGACGUCCGGAAGAAAAUUUACCAGAGCAUCCCCUUCCCCUCUCUUGUCGCGAGAGGAAAAAUCGUCGCCGAGACCGUCAUCGGGCCCCGCGCGGCGCGAUGCGGCGCGCGGAAUUCGAUGUGGCGCGCGUGAAUUCGCUCCCUCCGCUCGUCCGGGUGAUGGAUCGCGAGGAGCGGAGGUAGAGUGUAGACUGGUAGACAAAGGGCCGAUACACACACACACACGCGUGCGCGCGCGCGGGUCGCUCUUCGCGGUCGCCGAGCGUCCCGGCGCAUUUAUUUAUAUGCAUCCGCGAGACAUGCGGCCGUAAAAGAACGCGCGUCGCUCGCGCUUCGCGUUUCCGUGGCUUUCUCGUCCCCGAGGAAUUCGGAAUCGAUUCGGCGCGUCGCAUCCCGGAGUCCGAGUCCGGGGUUGCCCGUCGCAAUUCUACGGCAUGGUUGCGUUUGCCUCCGCGAGUCGUCCGUCUCUCUUCCUCUUGUGUCCGGCGACGGCGAGGGUGACGCGUUGACGCGACAUGCACCGGCCACCGUGAUCGUUGGAUUCCUCAGGAUUUCCAAGGAAGCUCGAGUGAGAGUAGGGCUGUGUGCGUGGUGGAGCGUGCUUUUGAUAGAACGACCAGCGGAAUAUAGUCAUUAUGGAGGCGUUGCGUUUAGCUAUACAGACGCGGCUCGGGGAGAGGAUGGUCAGCAUGAGCUCCAUGCUGGUAGAGACAGUCAGUAUAAAUUAUGAAGAUUUUAAUGAGAGUUUUUUAACGUGUGGCACCUGUCUCUGUGUUUACGAUGGCAGCGAGCAUACACCUAAAUUACUACCAUGUUCACACACGGUAUGUUUACAUUGUUUGACAAGGAUUGCUGCGUCUCAAACACGAGAGACAGGAGCGUUUAGAUGUCCCAUUUGUAGAGAAUUAAUAACUAUUCCUCGUGGAGGGGUACCCGCACUGCCCCCGAGUUUUCUCGUAAAUCAACUACUGGAUCUCAUGUCUCGGCAAAGACGAGAGGUCAUCCCAAAGUGUUCAGUUCAUAUAAAUCAGGAAUUAUUAUUUUGUGAAACAUGUGAUACAGUGUUCUGUACAGUGUGUACCGGUGGGACACAUGCAGGGACGUCACCCGGAUGUACGGAACAUACAAUCAUCCCCUUUAGUAUUGCGAUAAAAAGAAUGUCCGAAAUAUUGCUUUAUAAAGCCAACGAGUGUAUAUCCAAGUUAACACAGGCACAGGAUUCUGUAAGCACGGAACUGCAACGUUUGGAGGCAUCGACGGAAAAAUGUUUGAAUGCGGUAGACACGGAGUUCGCGGAAAUCAUCACAAAAAUAAAUAAACGUCGAACGGAAUUGCAAGCUGCCGUAACUGCUGCGGCUCGUGAUAAGAAACACGUACUUGAGGAGCAACAUUCUCUUAUUGAAGCGGAGAAAACCAAAGUGGAGAGAGAAUGUGAAGGAUUACAAUAUCAGGUCGAGGUCCGGAAUAUUACCCAACGUAUUAACAGCCUGUCAGAUCAGCUCGAUGCAGCGACCGCUCUCAGCGAACCCAAGGAGAAUGCUUUUAUCACGUUCGAGUUCAAUCAUAAUGACGCUCUCUCCCAAUUGGAGCAGGCACUGAAUAACUUGGGACGAGUACGUUCUAGUACAACAUUACCAGGUUUGUGCCGAGCCAGAUUGAAAGACUUGGCAAUAGUGAAGCUACAAACGAUCGUCAUAGUCGAAACGGUGGAUUAUCACGGCCAUCCCCGAAAUAUCGGCGGUGAUCUUAUUAGCGCCGAAUUGACACACGCAGACAACAUGCAUGCGGACAAUCAGAACGCUCCCAUUGAGACAGAAGUGAAAGAUCUGGAGAAUGGAACUUACGAAGUUUACUUCCGACCACCGACUGCAAGUCGAUACGUUUUGAAGGUGUCGGUGUUUGAACGACCUAUAAAAGAUUAUCCGCUAUUUUUCGACGCGACCGAGCACAAUGAACCUAUUAAAACAUAUGGAAGACGUGGUAACGGGAAAGACGAGUUUCACCAGCCGGUCUCGGUUGCAGUGGACGAUGAAGGAAUGAUCUAUAUUUUAGAUACUGGAAAUUCUCGUAUUAAGGUACUCAAUUGUGAUUUGGAGUUUCAAAGGCAUGUAAAUAAUGAAGGCUUAGAGGGCCGCAGUUGUACGGGAAUAGGUAUUUCUCAACAAGGUCUCGUAGUCGUAAAUUGGCGGACGCGAAAGAUUACGGAAAUGACUUCGUUGGGUGAUACAAUCCGAUCGUUCUCGCAUAACGCAUUUCAAGAACCCAUAGACAUUGCAGUGGACAAGAGUUACGGGCACAUACUUGUCGCUGACAACGGUCAAAGCUGUGUAUUCGUAUUUGAUUCAGAUGGCAAGAUAUUAUUCCAGGUUGGUAAGAGAGGCACGUUCAAGCUAAUCAGUUCUGUAACUGUCGGUCCGGCCGGUGAGAUUUUAGUUGCCGAUAGCAGAAUUCAAGUGUUCUCCGCGAAGGGAGAUUUCUCCGAGGAAAUAUAUCCUGAAGGCAAAGGAAAAGGUGUCUAUGGAGGAAUAGCCGUAGACGCGGACGGCAAAAUAAUCGGUACUCGCACGGACAAGGGUCGCAGCAUAAUACAAGUACUAAAGUUAGGCGGAGGUAAUGUUUUAACCGAAAUCGACUCACACAGCUCGAAAUUGCGACGUCCCUCGGGCAUAGCCGUGCUGCCAGAUAAUCACCUAGUGGUGGUGGACUUGGGCAAUGAUUGUAUAAAAAAAUACAGGUACUGGUAAAAUGUCAUUGUUUGUUUAAACAUCAAAAUUUCAAUCCGCGAGCGAGAGGAAAGCUCAUUACAAAGGUACCACAAAAGUCAAUCUAAUUUAGAAUUAUUUAUUCAGGUUUUUGUGGGACUUGUAACAUCACAUAUUAUUACGAAUGUAAUGCCUAUGUUUUUAUAAAUUUUUAUAUAUAGUUUAUAAAUUAGUAUAAGACGUGAGAUAAAAUAGUCAGGUCAAAAAUAAAUUUGACAUUACUAUUCUAACUUCGGUUUGCAAUAUACAUAUAGCAUCACAUAUACUACAAUUUAUAUUUUGUCUUUAUCUAUAAAAUGUAUUUAAUUUUUUUUUGCGUUCAGUGUUGCUUUCUCUCGUUUUCUGCAUAUCCGUGUGUGGGAAUACAAAAGUUCUCACCAUUUUAAACAAAGUCACUCAAAAUGCUCAGUACUUAUUGUAUGUAUACUUUUUUUGUAUUGUUUGAUAAUUUUUUUAAGUCAAUCGCGAUUAAUAUUUAAUCGCUUGAAUGCAUAAAAACAACUCUGUUGUUACUGACUAAUCUAGAUACAUCAGUUGAUGAUAAUCCUUUCCUGAUUUUGCCAAAUUAAGCUUGAAAGUUGUUUAUUUUGUUUUGCAUGUCAAAUAUUCAUCCACACAUAUGACAAUCGCAACCAUAAUUGAUCAUUGAAUAGCAAGAGAGAUAUACACAAAUAAUAAAUAAUCUAAUGAUUCUAAAACUAUAACAAAUCUGGAUGUUACAGGAUCUUCAAUCGAAAAAUCAUCUCCUUCUUUUCAUUAUUAACGAACUUGCAAGAGAUACUAUAUUUUUCUCAUUAACAAUUUUUUUUUUAACAUCUGGAUUCAUAUCCCAAUGUUCCUAAUUUGUACAAGCACAAACUCUGUUACAUAAAUGUUCAUCUUGUGAAACAUUAAAAUAUCCUAAAACCUUAAUUGAUGGAAAUUAAAUUUAAAAAAAGUAAAUCUGUAUUAUUUCAGAUA